UCUAACGUGACAGACUGAAGAAGCAGAAAGCAGAAGAAGAAGAAGAGAGAGAGUUAGAGUGUGUGUGUGAGUGAGAGCAACUGAACACACGCACACACCCCCUGUGUAAUAUAUAUUAGAUUAUUUUAUAUUAUAUUAUUUCUACACGGAGACGCAGACAGUUAGUGUGUGUGUGAGAGAUAGACAGACAGACAGACAGAUAGAUAGAGAGAUAGAGAGCAGUGUUUUUCUCGUAUUCCUCCGUUUUUCUCCUUUAACGGACUCUAAAUCGACUUUGUUUGUCUUUGCAUAUCAUCCGGACUGGAUUUGGACUCAGCACAGACGAGACUACGGAUUGUUUGUGGUGCUGUUUAACCAGAAUUGAUUCUCAGAAACCCAGGAGCAGCAUGAAGCGGUAGCCCGGCUCGGAUACCAUCUUUUUUUUUUUUUUAAUAAAAAAUAAUAACAAACCCUUUCAGACACUGAGAGAGAGGGAGAGACGCCAGUAUUGUUUUGUUGGACACUCGAAAGAUUUCCACAAGGUCACAAGUCAGCAUGUUGAGAUAAUAUUGUUGUUAUUUAUGACUUAGUGGUGGUGUGGUACAGAGAGCUAGCCCUGGGGUUUUUUUCGCCUUCAUCACUCGGGUUUUAUUUUGUUGGCAAACUCAACCAACUGCUGCCUUUCUGUCUGAGAAGAAGAAGCAUGUGCAUGAUCCAGAAGUGACUCCGGACCUGAGUUUGGCCGUUCAUACAGUGGAACGAUUAAAAAAGCAAAAAGGCAAGCAGGCUCUUAGCCCGUCCUCCCUGUGGUUCCUGAUGCUCAGCGUGGACUCUCGCCGCUUCACUGCAGGAUGGAUGGUGUGGAUCUGACGCUUCUCUGUUGCCGUACGCGCUUGCUGAUCUGUGACUGCAUCCUGUUCUUUUACGUUUAUAAAAGAACUCCUCCUCUUUUGGGCUCGGGCCCGACGGAGUGUAUCGAUAACUGUUUAUAAGUACCACGCAAAAUAAUUCCAGGCUCUUUCACACAAAAUCUGAGAUUUUAUUUUGCCAACUCCCAACUCCACCCCCAUCCCCGGUUUACAUUUAGGAUUUAGUCUUGAUAGUAUCACUUAUUUAUUCUUUUAAAAGUUUGCUUGUUUUUUCCCUCUCCUGGAGUGAAGAUGUCACAAAACCCUAAUGAUGGCGUGGAGUUUCUGGCUCCUCCCCCUAAAAAUGUGAAUGGCUCUGGGUCGGAUUCGAUGCUUGGUGAGAAACUGGGCGUGGAGGUCCGGCACCGCCGCCACACCAUGGACAAAGAUCUUAAGACGGCAGAGCACCGAUUUUUCCGCCGCAGCGUCAUUUGCGACUCUAACGUCACGGCGCUUGACCUCCCGAGCAAAGCCUGCAUCCCGACGUCUCUCCCGGACUGCGAGUCGUCCGUGUGCUCUUUGGGUUUGGGCUCGGCUCCGGACCGAGCUCCGGAGGUCUGUUCAGCCGUUGUAAUAGAGGAGCCCGUGGAGGAUGUGGUUGGAGGAGGUGGACUCGGGCGUGAUGAUGGUAUAGACAAGGAUCUCCCGUGCGUGCAAGUAGAUGCUACUUGGAUUCAGAGCGAGAUUCCCAGGACUUUACCCACGCAGCCUGUUGUGACGAGCGUGCCAGAGCGGAAAGGCAAAGCGGACGGCGACGCGACUGAGAAAUGCGAGGAGGAAAAGGAGGCGGCGAAGGCUCGCGUGGAAGCAGAGCAAAGAGAGGCGGAGAAGAAGGUGCAGGAGGACGAGGAGGUGGAAACCAAAGCCGUGGGGACGUCGCUGGACGGCCGCUUCCUGAAAUUCGACAUCGAGAUCGGACGUGGAUCUUUCAAAACCGUCUACAAGGGCUUGGAUACCGAGACGACCGUGGAAGUAGCGUGGUGCGAGCUUCAGGACCGUAAGCUGUCCAAGUCCGAGCGUCAGCGCUUUAAAGAAGAGGCGGGCAUGCUGAAGGGCCUGCAGCACCCCAACAUCGUGCGCUUCUACGACUCGUGGGAGUCUCCCUCUAAAGGCCGCAAGUGCAUCGUACUGGUGACGGAGCUCAUGACGUCGGGCACGCUGAAAACGUACCUGAAGCGAUUUAAGGUGAUGAAGAUCAAGGUCCUGAGGAGCUGGUGCCGUCAGAUCCUGAAGGGCCUUCACUUCCUCCACACCAGGACUCCUCCCAUCAUCCACCGGGACCUGAAGUGCGACAACAUCUUCAUCACGGGUCCCACCGGCUCUGUAAAGAUCGGCGACCUGGGCCUGGCUACUCUAAAGCGCUCUUCUUUUGCCAAGAGCGUCAUAGGUACCCCUGAGUUCAUGGCACCCGAGAUGUAUGAGGAGAAGUACGACGAGUCGGUGGACGUGUACGCCUUUGGGAUGUGCAUGUUGGAGAUGGCUACCUCAGAGUACCCGUAUUCAGAGUGUCAGAACCCAGCGCAAAUCUACCGGCGGGUCACCAGCGGUGUGAAGCCGAGCAGCUUUGAUAAGGUGGCCAUACCCGAGGUGAAGGAGAUCAUCGAAGGCUGCAUUCGACAGAACAAAGACGAACGAUAUGCUAUCAAAGUCCUGCUGAACCAUGCCUUCUUCCAAGAGGAGACGGGAGUGCGGGUGGAACUGGCUGAGGAAGACGAUGGGGAAAUGAUCGCGAUCAAACUCUGGCUGCGCAUCGAAGACGCCAAAAAGCUGAAAGGCAAAUAUAAGGACAACGAAGCUAUCGAGUUCUCCUUUGACCUCCUUAAGGAUGUUCCUGAAGAUGUGGCCCAAGAAAUGGUCGAGUCUGGAUACGUGUGCGAGGCCGACCACAAGACCAUGGCCAAGGCCAUCAAAGACCGCGUGUCACUGAUCUGCCGUAAACGAGAACAGAGAAAGUUAGUUCGAGAGGAGCAGGAAAAGCGCAAACAGGAAGCUGAUCAACAACAACAACAACAACAACAACAACAACAGUUGAGCGAGUCUCAGAAGGCCUUGUAUUUCGGACCUCCAGGAACUCCAGGAGCCACUCAGACUCCGUGCAGCCUGCAGCCACCCACUCCCGGCCCUGGACAGCUGGAACCAGACGAGUGUGAAGUAGACCAACACCAACAGCUGCAGUACCAGCAAGCUGAAGGUACGGUGGAGAGCGGACAGGGUUCAUCCGUCUUCUCCGAGACGCCGCUGAGUCAGCUCACCAUGUCUUAUAGUUCUCCUGCAGCAUCUCAUCAGAGCCCCCAGCAGCAGCAGCAGCAGCCUGCACAACCCUCCUACCCCACUGCCUCGCAAACUACCCAGCAGCACCCUGCAUUCCCCUCGCAGCCCAUGCAGGCUCCGCCUCCCCAGUCCAGUACGGCUCUUCCGAUGGUCUCCACCAGUGCCCAGGCCGCACCCUGGAGCGACCCGGUCAAUCCACAGUAUGGAGGUUACUACAUCCCAGCAGUCUCUUCGCAGAUGCUUCCACAGCAGGUUUCUCUGAACCCUGCCGCUCAGCAGCCCACCGCCUCAUUGCCCCAGCAGCAGCAGCAGCCACUUCCACCACAGCCUGCCGGCCCAGGCCUACAAAGCAUCGCCCAAACACACAUCCAGCCUGGGUCUCCUGCUACACAGGCAUCCCAGACCGGUUCUCAGACCACAGAUAUGUCACAGCUUCAGGCUCCAGCAGUGCCCUGCGGCAUGGAAAGCAGCCACUCUGAUGUGGCGUCUGGCAUGAGUGACGGAAAUGAGGGCGGGACCAGCGGCAGGCAUGAGGGUCGUUCAGCUAAACGGCACCAGCGGAGAUCCGUACGCAGCCGCUCCCGCCACGACAAGACCACCAAAGCCAAACUUAACGUGCUCAAUAUCUCUAAUAUGGGUGACAGGGUUGCCGAGUGCCAGCUGGAAACACACAACAGGAAAAUGGUGACUUUCAAAUUCGACCUGGAUGGUGAUAAUCCUGAGGAAAUCGCUCAGAUCAUGGUUGAGAGCGAGUUUAUUCUGGAGAGCGAGCGAGAGUCCUUUAUCGAACAGGUUCGGGAGGUCAUCGAGACUGCAGAUGAAAGGGGUCUUGAAAGGGAAGGCAGCCAGACUGUAAGCAAUCCUGAAGUGCAGAUGACUGCUCCGUACACACCUCUCCAGCCAGGUGCUGGCGCGAGUACCACUACUCAGGUGGUGACCUCGGCGGGCCGCAGGUUCAUCGUCAGUCCUGUUCCCGAGUCCAGACUGAAGGAACAAUUCUUCAGCGUGGUUCAACCCCCUGCUCCUAUUUUUGAGCAGCCUGCAGCAUCAGCAGGACUGCCUGCGAUGGGUCUGUCUCAGUCCGCCUCGGCGCUUUCUCUGCAGCAGGCGUUUACCGAGAUGCGUCAGGGACAGUAUGACCCUGGGCCGAGCACAGCGCCCCCUACUCUCAACACCUCCCUUCCUCCACUGUUCCCUGCAGUCAACUCCUUGCCUCUGUCCUCCACUACGAUGCUGUCAUCUCCACCACAGUCCUCUGAGCUAGCUGGCCCUCCUCUGACGGUCUCCUCCUUGUCCUCCUCUCCCCCUCCUUCACUCACUCCUGUGGUGGUCUCGUUACCUCCUCAGAUCCCCCUGCCUGUCUGUCAACCCGUUGUGACCGGUAUGACGGCUCAGCCUUUCUCAACUCCGCCUUCCUCAGCCCCUUCUGCUGUUUUUCCCCAGCCGACAGUCCCAGUACACACCACUAUCAGCACGGCAGCGCCGAGUAGCAUCGCUCCGCUCUGCCAGCACGCUCCCGUUAUAAACAAUGCGAUCUCUUUUCCUGGUGGGAUCACAGAACAACCUGCUGUCGCUUCCAGCGUAGCACAGAUCACCCCUCCUGUUGCCCCCAGCACAGCCAUUCAAACUCCUCAGCUCACACCUGGUGUCAUUGCGCCACUCCCUGUCACCGCCUCUUUGCCACAGGUGCCAGUCACCAGCAGUGCCCCUGUGGUGCAGCCCACCCUGGUUCACAGCCAACCGCAGCCUUCGCCGCUGCCCAAUCAGAGCCAUUCUCACUGCACCGAGUGUGAGAUCGACCCUCAGAGCAAAACCCCAGGCAUUGAUGACAUCCAUGCUCUAGACAAGAAGCUGCGCUCACUCUUUAUGGACAUGGGUGCCGGCCCUCCUUCCGGCCCAGCCGACGCCAGUGCCACCGAGCCAGCUGCUCCCGGCACGUCCUCCCCUACCACCUCCAUCACCACCCCUCUUCCUCCCACUAGCUUACCUCUGAGCUCUCCUAUGACCACCCCGGUCACUAGUGCCACCCCUGUCAGCAAAACGCCGUUGUCCCGAUUGCCGGUGUUGCCUGUCGGCUCCGAGCAGGCCGGCACGCCACCCACAGAACACCCACCUCUCUUCCCGGGACCUUGUCUAACUCAGUCCCAGCAGCCACUGGAGGACCUGGAUGCCCAGCUGAGACGAGCUCUGAGCCCUGAGACGGUGUCUGUUAGCAGCGUCGCAUACCAGUCCUCUCUUACCGGGAUACCUGCUGGAGGGCAGCCAGUUCCAUUUUCGCUUGAAGGAGAGCCAGGGGCUGUGCCUGCACCUGGAGGUUUCAAGCUGGGCCGAUUUCAGGUGUCUUUAGCAGCUGAUGACUCUUCCCUGCAGCCUCCCACAACCUUCGGUGACUCAUCUUCCUCUACAACCUCUUCAUCCACCUCGUCCUCGUCCUCGAAUCUCUCCAGUCCUGAGAACACACUGCACAGGGCCUCUCCUCCUCUGCGUGAGUCAGGGGGCGAUGUGGUGGACGGUUUGCCCCCUGCGCCCCCCGGCGAGCCAACUACAAUCGGCCGCUUCCAGGUCACCACCAAGAGUGAAACCACAGUGGGCCGUUUCUCUGUGAGUCGAGCCGCUGACAAGCCAGUAACUCUCAUACCCGGGGAUGCAGAGUCUCCAGAACCACCACCCCAGAGUCCUCCAGCUAUGGGCAACGGCCCUGCACUCAGUCCUGAGGGCAAGAGUCAGAUGAGCACGAACAACUCCUUUAACUCCUACUUCAGCAGCGAUAACGACUCCGAGUUCGAAGACGAGGACUUCAAACGGGAAAUCGACAAGCUACGUGAGAAGCACCUGAUGGAGAGUCAGGCGCUGUACGCUCGUCAGAAAGAGGAGAUCGAUGCCCUUUUCGCCCGUGUUGGCAAAGUCCCUCCCGCCAUCAUAAACCCACCCGCAGUGAAUCUGGCUGGCCGCAGGCGCCGACCCACCAAGAGCAAAAGCAGCAAGUCGAGCCGCACAAGUUCUCAGGGCAGUAAGAGCCCGGUCCAGCCUGGGAGCACCACUUUAUCCACUCAAAGCGCUCCCUUGGUGUACCCGACCCAGCAGUCCUUUCACGCCCCCAGUGGGUUGGGAGAGACAGGAAGCAACCCCCUGCUCCAGGCUUUCAAGCCCUCACCCUCCAGCGAGAACCUAUACUCGGCCUACACCAGUGAUGCCACGCUGUCCGCCCCCAGCCUCUGUCUGCCCACGCAUGGGACGAACAGCACAAACACAGUGGGCGGACCGGGGCAGGGGCAGAACCAAACGCAGCCUCCUUCCAUUGCGUCCCAGAGCCGGAAGGGCACGUUCACCGACGACUUGCACAAGCUGGUGGACAACUGGGCCAGAGACGCCAUGAACCUGUCGCAGGGCAAGAGGGGCUCGAAACCCCAGCAGCAGACCCCGUCUCAGAGCCACAGCUAUGAGAUGAUUCCUUCUGGAAGCAUGGCCCGCAAGUACUCCGCUCCGGGUCAGUUGUGUCCCAGCGUGGCUUCAUCCAUGCCCAACCCUCCUGCUACCUCUCUGGGGGCACGGAAAGGCUCACUGUGCCCUGCGCCUCAGUACGGCUACCCCUCUGCAUCUUACAACGGCCCAUGGGCCAGUGUCUCAGCCACACACGCUCAGGCCCUGGGCCAGUUUCCCACAGCCCCGGGCGCGGCCUUCCACAUCAACACGCUGCAGAAAUCAGUCAGCAACCCAGGAGGGCCUAAUUUAAGGACCACAUAAGGUUGGGUCUAGCCUGUGCUAGGCCACGAGAGAGAGAGAGAGAGAGAGAGAGAGAGAGAGAGAGAGAGAGAGAGAGAGAUGAACUGGUGGUGAGGUUGUUGUGAGCUUAGACAUGUGUGUUUGGAAAAUGUGACGGAGAUAAGCCAGGGUUUGUGCACACAUACACACAUACACACCUUGUGUGGAUGAAUCACUCCUGCGCUCUGGUUUACAUGCCGUGAGGUGAAUGCACACCGGCGCAAAGGAAAGAUUAAAAAAAAAAAUAACAACCACAAUGGGAGCAAUGUUAAAGCAGCCAAAGAGGAUGGUGACCAUUUUUUCUUCUUGUUUGAAAAUCUCACGAACGUGUAUCGCGAUGUAGCCUGAGGACUAGCUUGCUAAGCUUUCCCUGACUGCUUCACUUUAUUUCACACACUUUUAGUCAGUUGAGGUCCCAGGUACCAGUGACGGAAGAGGGGGAAACGAGAUGGAUGCGCCCCGUCUCUCCAUUACAAACUUUCCGGCAUCCUGGUAUCUGCUCUAAUGCUAUAUAAUGCAAUAAUUCUAGAAAUUAAAUCAAAAGCCCAUUUUAAAAACACAGGAAGUGGCCUUUAGUAGAGAAAACGAGUAUUCAUGUACAGCUUCUCUUCUUUUUUUUUUUUUUUUUUUUUUUUUUUUCUUUUUUUUUUAUUAUUAUAUAUAUAUACGUAAAUUGGGGUAUCAUUUUAAAGUUGUGUGGAUUUUCACGUGGUCAGAGGCCAUUCAGCCACCCCUGAGAGUUUGGACUACAGAGCUACGAUAACUAUAAAAACUCCCAGCUUGCUUUGUAGUACACCGUCAUGCUUACCGUCCACCUCCACCUCUCGUCUUGGGAGUUUUAUUUUACCCUAAAAAAUUUAUUUAACUAAGAAUAAAGAUUUAUACAAUUACCCAACCCAACUUUUUUUUUUUUCUUCCCCCCCCUUUAAAGUCAAAAACUAGCCCUGCGCUAUUAAUUCAGUUUUGGAAAGAGCGACCAGAGAGGCUGGAGGUGAGGUGGAGAUUUAUUUACCCUGAGCGAGGAUGGGGUGCCUGUGUGGCUUGUUCACGCAUACUGCAGGCUGGUGAAGCUUUAAAUCUACUAUCUCUUAGCAUUGUUACAGCUUUUAUAAUCCUGAGCGCAUUAGGGGACCUCUUUACGACAGGUUGAAUUUUUUGAACUGUAUGUUUAAAUGAGAAAAGUUGUGUUCUGUACGGACCUGUAUUUAUCCAUCAGUUAUUGAUGUUGAAACACUGUGAUUUAUUAUUAAUGUUGUUGGACAACAUAAGUUUAAAGCAAUGGUAGAAAAAGGGUGGAAACGAGGAGAGUUUAUUGCUAUUCGGUAAAAGGUAAUGUAAGGCUAGCUAUUACCUUAUUACAGAACUUAUUGGAGACACUUUAACCCUUUUUCCCCUGCUUUGUACUUCUUUCUUUGUAUUAGAUAAAUGUGAAUGUAAAACUGUUUCGAUUAACGUACUUGAAUAACCGGUCCGUUUUUCCCUCCUCCCCAGUGCCCAGAGGGUACUGGAGUUUCUAGUGCCUUGCAUUCUUUCUUUCCUUUUUUUUUUUGUUUUGUUUUGUUUUGUUUUUGCCUUGUAAUUUAAUUUUGUGGCAGCAGAGGUAGGUGUGUAGGUGCCUAGUCGGUUGUUUGCGUGACAGUUAUGGCGAUUAACAGGCUGUUCUAAUAUCCUUUAGGGUAGAGACUCUGAGUUUGGUGCCAUUUCUUUCUUUUGGUUUUUUUUUUUUUUUACAUCUGGUUAAGACCAAAAUGAUCUGGUGAUGUAUAGUUCUAGCUUAUUACUCUUAGAAGGGGUGGUGGGAGGGGGGGGGGUUUAUGAACUCUUUAAAGUGUUGUCUAGCACAAAAGGUCAAUGAUAAGAUUUUGGCCUGGGCACUAGUCUGGUGGACAGCCUGUCUCCAAUUUCCUGCCCUUUAGCCUGCUUGCCAGUGUUCUCAGAUCAAUCGCACCCCCUUUCAAGGACCCUUGCAUAUAGCAUGUAAACCUGCCAUAAUAGUUUGUAAAUUCUGUAAGCUACACAAUUCUCUUUGGGACAGCAGAUAGACAGUUAAUAUCAAAGAGCAACCCUUUGUUAACUCUGGCAGCGAUGCAACACGACAUGGUAUUAAUAUUGAACCAUUGUUGGUCCUUUAGAGCGUCAGAAGAGGAGCGACUUUUAUGCAACUGAGAAUCGAUGUGAUGAGUAACAGUGGGAAUGAUGGACAGUGGUAUGCCCAAACUGUUAAACAUCAGGGUUUGGGGUUUUUUUUUGUUUGUUUUGGUUUCAGAUAUUCAUGCGUUGAUGCUACAGGCUUUAAGAGUUUAAUACACCUAUAAAGAAUGCCGCUGGUUUUUCCAGCUGGACGGCAUCUACUCAAACCAUUUGUAGUUUGUGGUCUAGCCUACGUUCUGCAUCUCGCUGUGUAGUUUAUCCAGGAGCUACCAAGGAAACCAUGGCGACCAGCGUUAACUCCAGAUAGCGAAGUGCAUAGGUGAACAGUGACUUCAAGGUGAAAUGUCGCUGCUGGUCUGAACGCAGGGUUCUCCAGGAGGUAAGCAAGCACACGGUCAGCGAUCAGUUAAAGAAGAGCUACACCGAGUUGUAUACUGAGCUGUCCCAUAUUAAAGCUUGUUUUUUUGGCGUAGACGAGCCAUUCGAGUCGGGAAGUGCGGUAGUCUUGUGUCGGCUGUGAAUCGGAAGUGUCCAGAUGAGGUGAGUAAGUUGAGUGAAGUCAGUAUAUUGAGAGGAUUCUGAGAGUCAGUAAUAAAGAAUACUAGUCCCACAGGUUUGUAACCACUUUCAAUUUUGGGAUUGUCUGCAUCUGUGUUUCAGCAGCGAGGCCCCGUAUUGUCGUAGAUGUAACAGGCGACUUGUGGUUAAUCAAAAUGAAAGUUCAGUUCAGUUGAAGGACCAGGAAAGUGAAGUGUCGUAGGUGUAGGUGGCACCUCGCCAACACAAGACUGCCUCUGCUGCGCUGUAGUGUCUGAAACGGCGCUGCUUUCCUACUUGCGCUGCCCUUUAUCUCAUACGGUUCUCGGUUUAUUGUAGAAAUAUCUACCGUGUGCUUUUCAUGCAGAUCAGUAGCAUUUUAAAAGGUCUUUUAGCAGCAAUCACUUGAUGCCACUCACAUGGUCAGCAAAAACAAAAAAAAAAACCCAAAAACAAGUAGAACAAUGUGUUUGUGUAGGUUAGAACUUCUGUGUAGAAGUCGGUGGACGUGUCGCCGCGUAUCUGUGAAAUUUACAUAGAGCAGAAAAACGCCAGCUUUAGAAAUCCGUAGAGCGGCAUGAGCGGGUUGCAGCUACAAGGUAUAGAGCAGUGAACCUAGUCAUCGUCACGACUGAUCACUGAUAGGAACUGCUAGAUUACACGCCAUGGCCUUUAAGCUUAGCUGUCUGCGUCUGGUACCAGAAAAGUCCACGUUAUUAAUACAGUCCAUUAAUAGAGAACUACAGAAUAGAUUAGAAACCGUUUACUCUCUGUGAGUGGCUGUAUUGAACUUUCAGUAUUUAAAAACAAAAGGUUUUAACGAUUUGUUUGUUUGUUUUAUUUCUUCCCGCUUGGUUCGUACUCAGUGCUUUAUCUGUAAAUCUAGAACGCAGUGCUUGGUUUGGUUUUUUGAAGCUGAGAUCAAAUCCCAAAUUUUCCAGUUCCGUUAAUCCUGUGUUCGAAUGAAACCCUCAACGACUAGCAUACGAGUGCCAUUCCUACAUUUCUCAUGAGUUGUAGUUUGCUCUGAUUUUAUUUCCAUAAACCGAGCACCUUGUUUACGGUUAGAAAAGUGAUUAUUUAGUAGCUGCAGUGCAGAAUAUGCAAUAUAUGUAAUAAUGGGAUACACUGGGUAGAGACCAUGUCCCAGGUUUACUCCAGUAGUAAGGAGAAUUUACUGAAUUCACACGUGCUAUUACUCCAGCAUCACUUUUUUUGUUUCCGUUUGGAACGUAGACACUUCUACCGUAAUAUUAUUCUGUUUACGCCUUCACCUUCCACCUGUCACAAAUUGCCGCUUAGGAAAGUGCCAAUAUGUAGAAAUGCAGUUCACUGCACCACCUGACACAUUCAGAUAAUAAUAAUAAUAAUAAACAUGCUCGUCUUUCUGGGAAAAAGAACUUGCAUGCUACUUUGGUCACUAGUGAUAUUCACCACAACGUCACAACAGUCUCCUGCAUUAAUUGGAAUGAGUGUCUUUUUUUUUUUUCCCCUUCCAUUUUGUCUCCUGUGGAAAGAAAUACAUCCGAACAGUGUGUUUACUUAAUGCUACUGACCUGUCAUUAAGUUAUUUUGUUUUGUACUACUAUCCGAGUUCUUGAUUGUGUGUCUGCCAUUUAGUGACUUCGGUGAUUUUUCUUUUCCAUACACUAUUUAACAUUGUGCAAAAUGUCUAAAAAAAAAAAAAAGAAGAAGAAGAAGAAAAAAGGUGAAUAAAAUGAAAACCAAACAAAAACAUGUCAUGAAUCAUUGGCAGCAUUUAACUGUUUAAAUGGUUUGCACUGUAGGAUGUUGAGGCUUCAUACAAAACUGCUCUCCAAUAAAACACAAUUUGUUACAUUAUUUGUAAAUUUAAUAAAUGAAAGCCAUUUAAAUAAAAUGCACUGUUUGGCUUUGAUGAGUGGAAAUGCACAUAUUGUGCUAAGACCCUUUGCAAUGUAAGCAUUUAGACAAGGUCCAGCUUGUUUUGCACGUUCAGAUAUUGUCACUGUGUGUGUGUGUGUUCGUGUUCAGUGCAACAAAUGGCAUCUUCGCAUGUAAAAAUAUUGUGAAUAUAUUAAAAUACAUCUAGCAUUUCCUGUUAUAAAAUUAAAUUAUAAAUCUAUUUCUAGACAUUUUACUCACUUCAAGCUUGAAAUAGACUUGUUAGUUCUGUUGGAACUAAUUUUAAGCAUUUCUAGAAAGAUUGGCUGCCAAUAAAAGAUUCAAAUUUAAAGCUUGAAAUGUGUACAAGCGUCUAAAACAAGCUGGAUGAUCUCAUAUUUCAUUUAUAAUAAUAUAUUAGACAAAUUUGCCAUAUAUAUGUGUGUGUGUAUGUGUAUAUGUGUUUGUGUGCAUAUAUGAGUGUGUGUGUGAUGUGAGA